CACUCGCAGCCCAGGCUCAGUCGCAGCCCCUCGGAGUCCUUAGCCGGCCGCCCCUGCGUAGUGGACUGAGCGGCCGGCGCCCGGGACGGAGACCCCAGCCCGCAAGGAGGGCGCGGCGCAGGCGGCGGCGGCGCGGCGGGGAGGAGCCCGGGCCGGAACCAGGGCUGGGCCGGGGGCGGGGACGCCGGGGUCCCGGAGCCCCGGAGCCGGAGCUAGCUAACAGCGUCGCGGAAGGACUGGGAAGGAGGAGCAGAGCCGGAGCGAGCCGAGCCGCCCACAAAGUGCAAUGACCCGGCGGGGCUGAGGCGCGCGGCGGCCGGCGCGGCGCGCAAGGAGGACGCCCGGGAUCUGCGCGGCGCGGGGCGGCACGGAGGGGCAGCCCCGGCGAGCGGCGGCGGGCCCGGACUGGGACCGGAGCGAGCCCCAUGCCCCGUGCGGGCUGACGGGCCGGAGCCCGCACGGAGCGGCCGGGACGGACAGGUCCUGCUAGAGCGACAUGAUGGUGGAGUCCGCCUCGGAGACAAUCAGGUCGGCUCCGUCUGGUCAGAAUGGCGUGGGUAGCCUCUCCGGUCAAGCUGAUGGUGGUGGCAGUGGCGGGGCCCCAGGUACAGCCGCAGGUGGCACAGGCAGGGACAUGGCCACUGGUGCAGACAGCAAUGGUGAGAUGAGCCCUACGGAGCUGCUGCACUUCCAGCAGCAACAGGCUCUCCAGGUGGCCAGGCAGUUCCUGUUGCAGCAGGCCUCAGGCCUGAGCUCCCCGGGGAACAAUGACAGCAAACAGUCUGCCUCUGCUGUGCAGGUGCCCGUGUCAGUGGCCAUGAUGUCACCACAGAUGCUCACCCCCCAGCAGAUGCAGCAGAUUCUGUCACCCCCACAGCUGCAAGCCCUGCUCCAGCAGCAGCAAGCCCUCAUGCUCCAGCAGCUGCAGGAAUACUACAAGAAACAGCAAGAGCAGCUUCACCUACAGCUCCUCACCCAGCAGCAGGCUGGCAAACAGCAACCCAAAGAGGCUCUGGGGAACAAGCAGCUGGCCUUCCAGCAGCAGCUCCUGCAAAUGCAACAGUUGCAGCAGCAGCACCUGCUCAACCUGCAGAGGCAGGGGCUGGUCAGCCUGCAGCCCAACCAAGCCUCCGGGCCCCUGCAGACCCUCCCGCAAGCAGCUGUGUGCCCAACGGAUCUGCCCCAGCUGUGGAAGGGCGAAGGUACCCCCGGGCAGCCUGCCGAGGACAGCGUCAAACAGGAGGGGCUGGACCUCACUGGCACAGCUGCCACCGCUACCUCGUUUGCCGCUCCACCCAAGGUCUCACCCCCCCUCUCCCACCAUACCCUGCCCAACGGACAGCCCACUGUGCUCACAUCUCGGAGAGACAGCUCCUCCCACGAGGAGACUCCUGGAUCCCACCCCUUGUACGGACAUGGAGAGUGCAAGUGGCCAGGCUGUGAGACCCUGUGUGAAGAUCUGGGCCAGUUUAUCAAGCACCUCAACACAGAGCAUGCCCUGGAUGACCGGAGCACGGCCCAGUGCCGGGUGCAGAUGCAGGUGGUGCAACAGCUGGAGAUCCAGCUCGCCAAGGAGAGUGAGCGGCUGCAGGCCAUGAUGGCCCACCUGCACAUGCGGCCCUCGGAGCCCAAGCCCUUCAGCCAGCCACUGAAUCCAGUUCCUGGCUCCUCCUCAUUCUCUAAGGUGACAGUCUCUGCAGCAGACUCCUUCCCAGAUGGCCUCGUGCACCCCCCAACCUCGGCCGCUGCCCCUGUCACCCCUCUACGGCCUCCCGGUCUCAGCUCUGCCUCCCUACACAGUGGGGGCCCUGCCCGCCGGAGAAGCAGCGACAAGUUCUGCUCCCCCAUUUCCUCAGAGCUGGCCCAGAAUCAUGAGUUCUACAAGAACGCCGAUGUCAGGCCGCCCUUCACCUACGCCUCCCUCAUUCGCCAGGCCAUUCUGGAAACCCCUGACAGGCAGCUGACCCUGAAUGAGAUCUAUAACUGGUUCACUAGGAUGUUUGCCUAUUUCCGCAGAAAUACGGCCACCUGGAAGAACGCCGUGCGUCACAACCUCAGCCUGCACAAGUGCUUUGUCCGUGUGGAGAACGUCAAGGGUGCUGUGUGGACCGUGGAUGAGCGGGAGUAUCAGAAGCGGAGACCGCCAAAGAUGACAGGGAGCCCCACCCUGGUGAAGAACAUGAUCUCGGGCCUCAGCUAUGGAGCACUUAAUGCCAGCUACCAGGCCGCCCUGGCCGAGAGCAGCUUCCCCCUCCUCAACAGCCCUGGUGUGCUGAACCCUGGCUCUGCCAGCAGCCUCCUGCCCCUCAGCCAUGACGAUGUGGGUGCCCCAGAGCCGCUGCCCAGCAAUGGCGGCAGCAGCCCACCUCGCCUCUCCCCACCCCAGUACAGCCACCAGGUGCAGGUGAAAGAGGAGCCAACUGAGGCAGAGGAAGACAGGCAGCCUGCGCCCUCCCUGGGCACCCCCAACCCCAACACCUUGGGGCCUCCAGAAGACAGGGACUUGGAAGAGGACCUGCCUGGAGAAGAACUGUCCUAAGGGCUAGUAGGGGUGGGCAGGGCAGGGGUGAGACCCCUCCCUCCCAGGCCCAGGCCCAGGUCCCACCUUCCCCACUCCACAGCCCCUCCCAGCCUCCAGGCACUUACGGGACUCAGAUGGGGGAGGCCUGGGCCAGCAACUCCCCAGGUGACCCAACUGACAAACACUUGGGGGUAGGGAUGAUCCUCAUCCCUAGGGGGGACACAGCCCUGGUCUGGGACUGGUACAGGACACUUAAAGGACAUGGAGGGCCCAAACCCCUUCUUAGACCCUCUCCCAUAUCUGAAUACCGCCUCCCCAAACCACCAGCAGCAGCAGGGCCCUCCUCCCCUACAGGGCCCCUCAGUGCCACGGAGACCUGCAGGCAGGGCUAAGUCACCCCUCUGAAAUCCAGGGGCCCUCACACCUGGCUCUGGCAGGGUUUUCUGGCCAGAGGCCCCCACUUACCUAAUUUGUGCUCCCUUCUGCCUUUUCCUACUGUGAAGAAAUAACUCUCCACCCUAACUCCUACCCUGCCCUGGCCUGUAGGGGUGGGGGGCACUGAAGUUUCAGACCACCUGACUCCAGCCUCUCCCUGCAGCCUGAGGCAGGACCCAGCAAGAACUGGGCCUCCACCCCCACCCCUAUUUUCUGGGUGCCAUUCCCGCCACUCCCACACUGGGGAGCAUAGGAAGAGGCCCACUGUCUAGCCACAGAGGUCUGUACCAGGUGGGCUUCUGCAGGUGGAGCAGAGCCACCCCUGAGGCCAGGGGUGGGACCUGGAGGUGGUGCCUGGAUUGCCAGGAAAUGCAGGGGAAGGUGAGGCUGAAGCCACCCUGGCCUGCAGGCCCCCUACUGCGGUCUUCUCUCACCCUCCCACAGUACCCCUUCCCUAUCCCCCAGUUAAACAGAUGACCAAAGACCUUUCUUAUGCCGGAAGCAAAAACCAAAACUUUUUGUUGGCUUUUUCCUUUGUAGCCUCCCCAGCAUCUGCUCUCCCAGCUCUUCCACCAGCCCCAGGCUAGAAGCCCUCCCUUCACUUAAGUUAUUGUUUUAAACCAAAGUUUACAGUGUCUGUUGGUGGCCAAAACCCUCUCCCUCCACCCCUUCUCUGCCCCACCCUGAGGACCCUGGGGCUCUGUGGAGGCGAGGGCCCUGCUCACCUCCCUUCUGUUCCUUACCCAGCCUGGGGAAGGAGAGAGGGCUGAGGGGAGGGGGUGGCUCUCGUCCCCUUGGCCAGUAGGCAGGAAGCCUUUGUCCCCAACCCUGGGCUGCUUCCUGGGGGGCCACCAGACCCCUCUCUAGGACCAAGUCCCCCAAUGUGCUGGGAGUGUGGAUUCCAGCAAGAGCUGGAAAAAGUGAGACUCUCCACAGACCCCCUAUGGGGGACCCCAACUUUAAGGCCAAGGACUGAGUGUGUUGGAUGCUCAUAACACCCCCGCCUGGCCUCUUUGCUGAGAAGACUCCUUGGAUAUUUCCCAAGAAACCCCACGUAUCCCCUUCACAAGCCACCCUCCUGAGAGGCAGGGGGCUCUCUGCCCCCUCCCAUGUAUUCCCCACCUGUGUUCCGUUUGACCAGCACAGAAAUAUUAAACGUCCUCUAUUCACUGGG